AUGAUCACCGUGAAUUCCAAACAGCAACAACAGCCAGUAGCCGCAGGGGUAAUGGACAGGGAGCACGAUCACGAUCAGCGUGAUCGCGACCAAAUGGAGGAUGACAACGUCAUGGGAUCCGUGAAUUCAUCGUCGGUGGAGGACCAGAGCUCCGUCAAGUCGGAAUCCCUGUCGCCGCCCUGCCCAAACUCCAAGAUCAAGAUCAUGUGUAGCUAUGGCGGGAGGAUUUUGCCGCGGCCGCACGACGGGCAGCUCCGCUACGUGGGCGGCGAGACGAGGAUCUUGCUGUGGCAGCGGAGCAUUUCCUUUGGGGAGAUGAUGGCCAAGCUCGUGGCGAUGGUGGGGAGGAGCGUGGCGGUUAAGUACCAGCUCCCAAACGAGGAUUUGGACGCGCUCAUCUCGGUGGUCUGCGAGGAGGAUUUUGGGAGUAUGAUCGACGAGUAUCUCCGGAUGGAGGGCCGAGAUAGCAGCGCUCGUCUCAGGCUCUUCUUGUUCUUCAUUCCGGCACCGACUCCACCGUCAUCGUCCUCUCCCAGACUGAGCGAAUCGAGAUCUCUGGACCAGCAGUUCAUCGAAGCGCUGAAUGGAAUGCCGGUGGCGAGCGGUGGAAACUCUGGUGCUGCUCCUCGGCCAUCCAGAGCUCUCGACGAGGAUCUCGAGUGUGGUCGUCCUGUGAAGCCGAUCAAGAUGCACAGGCAGCUCUCGGCCACGGACAGGAUCGCGGAGACGGCUUCCGGCUCGCCUAGCAGCAGGAGAGUAUCACCGCGGACGUCUCCAAGAGCUCCCGACGAGUGCCCCUCGGUGAGGAGCGCUAGAUCAUCACUCCUCCAGCAGCAGCUGCAGGACUCUCUCCACGAGCCGUGCAAGCAGCUAGCAGUAGCGACGAGGGAGAAUUCGGCUGGAAGGAUCCCGCAGGAGAUGAUCGAGCCGGUGAUGAUACACCACUACUAUCCAGGCACCGAUCCUUGCUCGAGACAGGUCUUCAGCAACGAGCCACCGACACCUCCGGACAUGUCCAAAGUCGCCCACCACGAAGGAGAAUCGCCCAAGAAGGCGGACCAGCACAGCCAAGAUCUCCAGGCCGCCAAUGGAUUUAUCUGCGUUUCGACCACCUGGUGCGCAGGAAGCGAAAUUCUUGUCAACCGGCAGUACAGUCCUGCUGCCGUCCACCAUCGCCACGGCCACCCGAUAGCUCCAGCGAUAUGUGAUCAGCAGCUCUACCCGGUGAUGGCGUCCGCCACCGCCUGCUGCUCCUGCCGGGAGACGAGAACUUCCAAGCCUGGCCCUUCUCCAUCUCGGUUCCGUGACGGACUCCAGCAGCAGCAGCAGCCACAGCAGCAGAUUUUUCACGAGCAAGUUGACGACAACACCAGGAUGUUGUUGAGGCCGGUUUUAGUUCCACAGCAGCAGCACCAACAGCAGCAGCCAUUUUAUGAGCCUGUCCACCACCAUCACCGUCUUGUAGCUGAAAAGAAUGGCUCGAGACUGAGCGAUUUGGACAGAUCUAAGUAUAAGCGAUGA